AUGUCCACCACCACUUUCAACAUCCCCAAGCCCUACCAGGAGCCCGCCUGCCACUACGAGCUCGGCACCCCCGAGCGUGCCCUCCUCCAAGAGGCUCUUCAGGAGAUCCUCGACCACGGACCCUACGAGGUCCCUUGUGUCGUUGAUGGUGUAGAGGUCAAGACUGGCAACAUCGCCCAGCAAGUCCUCCCCUCCGACCACAAGCACGUCCUUUCCAACUACCACCAGGCCGAUGCCGCCCUCGUCGAGAAGGCUAUCGCCGGUGCCCUGAAGGCCAAGAGGGAGUGGGAGGACGUCCCCUUCGUCCAGAAGACUUCCAUCUGGCUCAAGCUCGCUACCCUUGUCUCUGGUCCUUGGAGGUACAAGCUUAUGGCUGCUACCAUGCUUGGUCAGGGUAAGAACGCUUGGCAAGCCGAGAUUGAUGUCCGCCAGGAGCUCGCCGACUUCUUCCGAUUCGGCCCCGACAUUGUCAAGACCCAGUACGAGUCUCAACCCGCCAUCAACGACCGAGGACACUGGAACCGAAUCGAAUGGCGCGCUCUCGAGGGUUUCGUCGGUGCCGUCUCUCCCUUCAACUUCACCGCCCUUGCCGGCAACCUGGUGGGUACUCCCUUGCUCGUCGGUAACGUCGUUAUCUGGAAGCCUUCCGACUACUCCAUGCUCGCCUCCUACAUGGUCCACCAGCUCCUCCUCGAGGCCGGUGUCCCUCCCUCCGCCGUCCAGUUCGUUCCCGGCCCCCCCGAGCUUGUUGUCUCCACCAUGAUCAAUAACAAGAACUUUGCCGGUCUCCACUUUACCGGUUCUUCCGACAUCUUCAAGAAGCUCAACCAGGACGUUGCUGCCAACCUCUUCAAGUACAGAGGAUUCCCUCGAAUUGUUGGUGAGACUGGUGGUAAAAACUACAUCAUCCUCCACAAGACCGCCGACAUCAAGACCACCGUUCCCCAAGUCAUCCGAGCUGCUUUCGAAUACGCCGGUCAAAAGUGCUCUGCCCUCUCCCGUCUCUACGUCUCCAAGUCCCUCUGGCAGGCCGGUUUCAAGGAGCACCUCGUCUCUGAGGUCUCCAAGAUCAAGGUUGGCCCCGAGACCGAGUGGGAGAACUUUGUCAACGCUCUUAUCCACAAGGGCUCUUACGAGAAGGUGUCUGGUUACGUGAAGAAGGCCAAGGACGCUGGUGGUGAGGUCUUGGUCGGUGGUACUGGUGACGACUCCAAGGGUUACUUCUACCAGCCCACCGUCAUCGAGACCAAGGACCCCAAGUCUGUUACCAUGGUUGAGGAGAUCUUCGGUCCUGUUGUCACUGUCUACGUGUACGACGACGAAAAGUUUGAGGAGACCCUUACCCUCGUCGACGACACCUCCGACUACGGUCUCACCGGUGCCAUCUUUGCCGACGACCGAAAGGCUCUUGUGCUCGCUGAGGAGAGGUUGAGGUACUCUGCCGGUAACUUCUACUUGAACGACAAGUGUACCGCUGCUGGUGUCGGAUCUCAACCGUUCGGUGGUGCCCGAAACUCUGGUACCAACGACAAGGUCGCUUCCCCCGUCUGCUUCUCCCGCUUCAUGUCUCCUCGAGUGGUCAAGGAGAACUUUGUCAAGAGCAGCGAGUGGUCUUACCCUUCCAACAUCGUCUAA